AUGGUGUCGUGGUCAAGAAUUCUCAAUCCUAGUUUGUUGCUUGUUCCACAAUCUGUAUAUCAAGAUGUUUCAACUCCGCAACAAGCUUCAGUUGAACAGUACAACGUGAUCAAAUAUCUCGGAGGAAGUGCUCCGUAUAUCCAGCGUGAGGGUUAUGGCAUAUCUACCAAUUUCCCCAGUACAUGUUCGAUUGAGCAAGUGCAGAUGAUUUCAAGACACGGCGAGAGGUUUCCUUCCAAAGGUGAUGGUGUUGCUUUCGAAAAAGUAUUGACCAAGUUUCAAAAAUAUGGCGAAUUCAAAGGCGACUUGUCCUUUUUAAAUACAUACCAGUAUUUUGUUACCGAUAGUGAUUACUAUGAGAAAGAGACGAGUCCCGAAAAUUCAAAAGGUCCAUAUGCCGGCACUACGAAUGCGUUUAGACACGGUGUUUACUUCGCAAAUAGAUACAAGGACUUGUUCAAUGGUGAGACCUUGCCUGUGUUUACCUCAAACUCUGGUAGAUGUUUUCAAACAGCCAACUUUUUUGCUAGAGGUCUUUUAGGUGAUGACUAUGAUGAUGGUGCAGAUGGUGCUGGUGCGGAUGGUGCUGGUGAUGGUACAAAAGUCAAGUAUGUGGUUAUUGAUGAAGAUCCCAAAAUGGGUGCAAACUCCUUAACUCCAAGGUAUGCGUGCAAGAGUUUGGACAACAAUGCCAAUCUGGACUUGAUUGCAAGCUAUGACAAAACUUAUCUACAAGAUAUAUUGACUCGUUGGCAGGUGGAUAACCCUAGUUUGGAUUUGACUUUGGACGAAGUUUCUUCGCUCUUUUUAUGGUGUGCAUUUGAACUUAAUGUCCGAGGCCAAUCACCCUUUUGUCUGUUGUUUACCAAUGACGAGUUUAUAAAAAGCGGGUACCGCAAUGAUAUUGUCAACUACUACCAGAUAGGACAGGGAAACAAUUUGAGCACUACCGUUGGCUCUCCCAUGGUUGAAGCUUCUUUGAAGCUUUUACAAGAAGAGUCUGAUACAAAGACAUGGUUAUUUUUUACUCACGAUACAGAUAUGGAGUUCUACCUCUCCUCCAUGGGAUUGAUCAAUCCUGAAUCGGAUAUACCAGUAGACCAAGUCCCGUUCCCCAACCCAUAUAACGCUGCUGAGCAGUUCCCGCAAGCUGCAAGAACAUAUUUGGAAAAGUUUAAUUGUGGCGGCCAAAAGUAUAUCAGAUUCAUUAUGAACGAUGCUGUAGUGCCAUUCCCUGGGUGUAGUAGUGGACCAGCGUUCAUGUGCGCUUUAGAUGAAUUCGUCAGUAUUGUUUCUGAUCGAAUGUCAAAGGUCUCUUUCCAAGAGCAGUGUAAUGCGUCAGGACCGCUGCAAUUGACAUUUUUCUGGGACUAUAAACAGCAAGAGUAUAACGCGCCAUUAAUAGACCAGUAA